AUGGGCCCCGCGACCUUCGCAGGGGGCUGGCCCUUCCUGAUUGCAUACACCUGUGUUGUCUAUCUGAUCUCCAUUGAGUAUUCACGACUGAUUGCCUGCGUCCUGGAACCUCCACCUGUGAGGGCCCAGCGGUGGGCAUUAUUUGGCGUGAGCGCGUCCAUCCUGCUUGCUGCUCACUGCAGAGUGCUUACUGGCAUCUUCGAAUGUGCCGCAGUCACUCUCUUGGUUCUGAUGCUGCUGCUGCAAGGCAACGUCUCGAUGCCGGAUGGUUCCUCACCAAUCUCGUUCUCUCACGUUGCCUCCCAAGUUUUCGGGGUAUUCUACGUCGGCUACUUGCCAUCUUUUUGGGUCCGAUUGCGUGCCAUUGGCCCGGCCCUGCCAAGCGGUGCACCAACAGGCAUUCUCACGGAUUUCGUCCGCCUGAUCCGAUGGCCUCUUGAGCGAAGCGUUGGCUGCUGUGUCACCGUCUCCUGCGUGCUGUGCAUCAUUGCGGCAGAUUCAUGCGCGUACUUCGGAGGCAAACACUUUGGAAAGCGGCCACUCAUCGUGGUCAGCCCGAACAAAACACAAGAGGGUGCAUACUGCGGCCUGAUUGGUUCCAUUCUUAUGGCGCUCCUUUGUGACCAGGCUUGGGGCUUCCCGUCCGAUCCAUUCAUUUCCGGAUUGGUCGGUGCGCUAAUCUUCGGUGCGAGCCUUUUGGGGGACUUGGUCGUCUCUGCCAUGAAAAGAGAUGCUCAAGUGAAGGACACCGGAUCGCUCAUUCCCGGGCAUGGUGGCAUUUUGGAUCGCUUUGAUUCCUACUUCUUUGCCGCCCCCAUAGCAUACUUCUGCUGGUACGCUUACUUGAAGUACCACUCCCGCUUGCCACCUUCUCUGAUUCGCUUUAAGCCGUAG